AUGAACGCCCCCCGACUGACUAUCAUAUCGUUCCAUCACCUUUUCGCAGAGAUCGCUCAGAAGCUGACAAUCUUAGGACUGCCGGCGACAGCUGCCCAAGUGCAGGGGAGUGGGGAUCUCAGCGAACGCAUCGCUUUUCUAGAGGGACUUGUCGAUGUGGCCCUGUGGGCACCCGAGCCCACAGCGGUCUGUGCCAGCCCAAGCGAUGCUACUGCCAGUGGCGACCAUGAUUCCCAGUGCUCCAGAUCUGACAUGGACGAUGGGGAGGAUGAUUUUGCUUCAAAUCAUGAACUGAUGGGCACCAUUUGCCAGUCCUACAGUGAAUUGUUCAGGCAUGAGGUCGACCUCCUACCUGCAGAAAUGAUCCAGGGCGUUGAGGGGAAUCCACGGCUUGAUGAGAUCAGGCUACUAAUCAGGCAAAUUUCUAGCAAGGUGGAAGAAUGGCAAAAGGAGAGGCAAGCAUAUGACGAUCUGCCCAAGGUAGCACCCCAAACUGUUGAAGAACUUCAGGAGGCUCUCUCUCUGGCAUGUGAAACCCUCAGUGCCUUUGCACAGGAUGCGCAAGCCUUCAAUCAACAUUUCGCACAGGAAUACAGCCAGCAUGUUGGGGUGGAACCACCACAGCUGCAUGGCAUCGGCCCGUUGGCAGCUAAGAUAAUCAACACCUAUGACGACUUGGUCAAGGUAAUUGAGCGGCUAGGCGAGUUUCGAGGCAUUCAUGAGUCGCUGUUCGGUGGCAAGUCCCCAUUGAAGGUAGGCAUCUUGGGCAGCCACCUCCCUUACAAUUCUUGCAUGCGAAACUCUGCCGACCCAGCACUUAAACAGCACACACAUUCAUUAAUUGAUCAGUCAAAUGAAUAA